AUGGAUGAAGAAAGCUUAAGUAGGAUUUGUGUUAGUGCCUUCUCUGACAGUGAAAUUGUGACUGCAAAACGGUUACUAUUUGAAUCCUUGUCAGCCGUCAAAAGUAUGAAAACUCGUCGAAGAGAUGGAAAGACCUUACGAGAUAUUGACGAUAUAAUAUGCCUUGUGAAGGUGACUGAUCCUGAAAAAUUACCAGUUUUUGUUGCUCGUGAACUUCAAAAAUUGACACCGGUUUUGUUUGAUCAUGUUGACGUUACUCGCAUUCUCAAGGACUUAGUAAAAAUGCGUAGUGAAAUUGAGCUUAUAACAGAGCAAUAUGCCACUAAAAAACAAUUUGAUGCUUUAAAAUCAGACGUCGAAAGCUUGAAAAAGGCAUCGUUAGUCAAUAAUUUUGCUAGUAAUGUUAAUACUAAACGAGGUUCAUGUUUUAUAAAUAGUUUUGGCUGUGAUAGUGGACCAACGGGACUAUCUCCCGUAAGAGAAUAUCAACGUGAAGAAAAUAUAUCAACACAAUGUUUAUCGUCAUUCUCAGUACAAAAUAAAAGCCUUGAAAAAAGUGAAAGUGACCAGCAGACAGAUGUGGGUAGUACACAAAAUAAGUUGGCUCUCAGCGCCGAAUCACGCGAAUUAACAAUUAUAGGUCAUAAUAACGAAUCAGCUGUUGACCGAGCAAAUGUUUGUUUUUUGAACAAUACCCCGGUUUUGAGUCAUAUAUUGUCGCCGGUGCUCUCUGCUUCGCCUAUACAAUCUGUCAUUGGAAAUAAUAAACUGUUCCGAAUGUCUACGCAGUAA